CUCCCGGUCUUCUCGGCCUCUACUACCGUCUCUUCUCUAGUUUCGCCCGCCGCGCCUCGCCUCGCCGCCUGCGCCGCUUCCCAUCCAUCUCCCGCGAGGUGGGUGCCGUCGUCCUUCUGCUUCCGCCUCCGGAAAGUAAACCCGAAAGGAUGGAGUUGAGAUUUAAGGCACCCGAUUAUGCUACGUGGAAAAAGGAGGCAGCUGCAUGCGACAAAAAUAAUGGCAAUGAUAAAGAUGGAUCAAUUCCAGUAAGAAAUAAGUAUCCACGGCACCCUCCCCCUCGUUUUGAACUUGCUGAGGGAUUAGAUUAUAAAAAGAUUGACAAGUUUAUGGAUGAAAGGGCUAUUUCGAUUGCCAAGACCAUAGCAAAUGACAUAAUCAUCCCAGACCCUGCUCCUGAGUGGAUGUGUCAUACCUUCUUGGACAAACAUGAUGAAUUGGAGCCCAUCUUUGUAAAGGAUAGCCCCCGUUGCUUCCUCCGAUAUUUCAAGAACUGUGGGUGCUAUGGCAUGUCAUGGAAUCUCACCAUCACCGCACAAACCUUAACCUGCAUGGUUAGUUUCAAUGCCCUGAGAUGUGCAAAAGUUGUAUUGGAGGGCAGGGCACCUGAGCUCUUUGGGAUGCAUGCCAAUCCCAACUGCGUAACCAAAUACGGAUACUUCCCGCUUCACGAAGCUGCUGAAAGGUUCUCUGUUGAGAUGAUCAAGCUACUCUUACGCUUUGGUGCAUCAGCCAAUGUACGCACAGUUGGCGACGAUGUCAUUGAGGACCUACUCCCGCUCCAUAUUGCGAUUGAGAAUACUUGCCUGCAUAAGUAUCUUGAGGACAAUCUUUCGCCCAGCCAGAAUCAUUUGGAUUAUAUCUACAAGCUUAUCCACCUGCUAUGUUUACCUGAAAUGAAGAUCUUCUUGGAUACAAUUAGACUGCUUGCAGGAAAAACAAAUAAUCUACUUGAAGAGCUCUGGUAUUACAUUGAGGAUGGAAAACUCAUCCAGUCUGCAAUUCUACUACUGGCUGCUCAGGAGCAGAUCCGAGGGGGCUGUUCCUCCAAGAUAAAUGGCAGUAGUAAGAAAGAUGGGUUUGGCAUUAUCUCUAAGCGUAUACUGAGGCUUUCAUUUGCCCUGAGAUGGGAGAAAGGUUCAAAUGGAAUGGCACAGAAGCUUCGGGAGGAAAAGAGGGCACUUAUUGAUUGCACAGGCCUGCUUGUUGAUGUAAUUUCCCAAGCUGGUGAACCUCUUUCUGCAUACGUUCAGGCGCAUUCAGAGGCGCCCCAUGUGGAGGUUUUGGAACAUGUUUCAACUAUCCUCAAGGAGUAUGGGUUUUACCCCACUGCAGAAGUCAUUGACACUAUGAACCUUCAGCCUUAUGACUGCGAAAUGGAGAGAGAGUCAUGUAGCAAAGAUGCAAACAUGGCAUUUACAGAAACAGCUAAUCGGCACGCUUCGGAGGAAAAGGCUGGGAGAAAGGAAGUAGGCGGAGGAUGGGAUCCCACGUAUACAAGGAGAAAUUUUUUCCCAUAUUGGAGAUCAGUUUUACGAACCCUGUGUCCUGUGAAGGUGUAUCCAGUCUAUGCAAGAGCAGAUGCUAAUUCUGGGCGUGAUCUUGAACAGAUCCGUAUCUUUCAGAGUAACUCAAUGGCCAAUCGAUCUACCCGAACUCAAAAUCGUAUGCUUGAUUCAGUGGGAAGAAUCCCACCAUUUGCAAACAAUCAUCAAUCCAAAAGGAGCUUCAGCACUUGUGCUACUGGUGCAUUCAGGCUCUUGAAGCUGCUGAAGUUCUAUAGUUGAGAGACCAAAUAUUGACUUUUCUCUGAAAAUUAAUUCACCUGUGACAGAUCUAGUGUGACAGAUCUAGCAUGGGGGCUCCGGUACCCUUGCCCGCUGGAUCUUGAGGUAAGGGGGAAGAAGAGGGAUUUGAGGAAGAAGGCAAUGACCCUCCUCCAUUCUCAAGCUGCAUCAACCCCUGUAAUUUACAAUAAAUAUGAUUCAUUUUAUCUGUAUAUAGCAAAUUAAUUUAUAAAAAGGGUAAAAAAAAAGGAAAUAUUUUUUUCUUAAAAAUAGAUCCUUCACACCAAAAGAGGCUGGCGCCAAGGGCCUACUUAUAAGAAAAGGUACUUGCGUUUGGAACAUGUUUAGAAAUUUUUUUCUUACAAAUAAGUCCUUGGUGUCAAUUUUUUUUGCGCUAACCCUAUCACGUCAGCGACUUAGCUAUAAUAUAAGGGCGCUAUGGGUGGCAGUGCCAGUUGGCGCUAGUGAAUCUCUUCUUCUUAAAUGAAACAAGGCUCUUUCUGUACUUUUCUUAGGUUUUUCCUAAAAAAAAUAACGUCGUUGUCGUCUCUUAUCCAAACGUUUAACAUUUCAAUUUAUUUAAAUAAUUGUGCAAAUAUAUGAAUCAGGUUUAAAGUACUUUUAAUAAUAAAUAAAUCGUAAUAAAAUAAAUUAUAAUUAUAUUUUUAAUAAGACAAUAUCUAUUAAAAAUUAGAGACGCUAUGUAUUAAAAAUUGAAGGGAGUAACUUUUUAGAGGUGUAACCAACUGUAACCUUCCUAACAAACUUUCCAUGCUUUAAUUUAUGUUGGAUUUGAACACAUUAUAAUUCUAUUGAUACAGAUUUGGUUUCUAGAAUCUGCUCCACAUCUUUUACUUGGGCAAGUCUAUAUCCAAAUUUUCAUAGGAUUCUUUCAAUACCACAAAACAUUUUUUUCCCAUUUUUUUCAUCCAAAUGUAUGUGUUGUUGCCCUGCACUUUUCAUCAUGAUGCAGGCUUGGAAUUAUCUCCAUUAUCUCUUACCGUCUCAUUGUUUCUCAUACUCUUACGUUUAUUAUGCUUAUUCCAACGGCUUAUUAGUGAUUAGAAAAUAAUUUAUAAGUAAAAUUUUAUAUAUGUUCUUAGUGACUCAAAAGAAAAUCUUGUAAAACAAACUACGAUGAAAAAACCCACAAAAUCACCUCCAAAAUUAAGUUUUAAAAAUUGAAAUUUAGCUUCUAAACAUGAGCAAAACAAUUAUGCUUUUAUUAUCCCUACCGAUCGAGCUGUUUUAGGGUAGAUCUAGUUUAUUAUUUUUUUACAAUGGGCCAUAUAUUUUAACCAAGGUUUCAUAAUGGACUAGGGUUAAAUCAAUGUUUUCACUUAACACCAUACAUCUUUACAUAAGUUGGGUGAGCAAAACAAGGGAAUAUGUGAGAGAGCUUCAUAUGAUUUACACAGGGAUAAUUAUAAAAGGCAAAACAUUUUAUGUUUUCUUCCUUCUUUUCAGUGUGUGGUAGUUAACUGUUCUAUUUCCUAUUUUAUUUUAUUCAUUUACCCCAAUGUAUAGAUCAUUUUGUGUCACUUUUAAACAUGUUCACGUCAUUAUUUUAGUGUGAUUUGCUGAAAAAAAUUGUUUUCAGAUUUGCUAUUUUUUUUCUAAAGAUAUUUAUCUUAAUACUGUGGCACUAAAAUUGAUGAUUUUAACUAUCUUUUCUCUGACAAGUUCCUUCGAUGUGCUCAACCAUAGUCCAAAGUGCCAACUAGUGUAAACAUAUAUGGUGUUUAGUGAAAAGGUUGGUGUGGACCUUGCCCAUUGUGAAACUUUGGUCAAAAUAUAUGGUGCAAUGUGAAAUUUACUCUAUUUUUUAUUAUAACAGUGUAACACGUGACCUUGACCCCCCCCCCCCACCAAAAAAAUAGAGAGAAUUGGGAAAAAGAAUAGGACCCCUUAUGGAUGGGUUCACAGGCCACGUGGUGGACCAUCUCCACCUCCCCCACCUGCCCCCUAUCUCUCUAGUGAGAAAUUUUCAUAUCUCCUACGCAUAGAAACUAGUUUCACCGAAAUUUUCAUGGCCUUUUACAUUUGCAAAUUAUUUUUUCUCAAUUUCAAUUUCUUUUUCGCGCAGAACGAUUGAGCCAGGGGUAAAUACGUUUGAGAAAAGAAAUUGUGAAA